AUGGCAUCCACGACUGCAUUCCGUAGCACGCUCCGAGCAGGCGCACCCGCUGUUCGCAGCAGCCGGACCGCGGCCCUUCCCCGUCGCUUCGUCCAGCAGCAGGCCCGGCGGUCGUACGCGACGUCGCCCGCUGGUGGCACGUCUGGUGGCUCGUCCGUCUCGGGCACCAACGUGCUUGCCGCCGUGGGCAUCCUCGGUGCCGCUGGCGCGGGCUUCUACUUCUACAACCAGGACGGCAAGAAGGACGCACUCAAUGUCGGCGCUGGACGGGCCGCCAACAAGCUGACUGGUGCCAAGGCCCGCGUCACGCAGCAGGGCGUCGGCAGCAAGCAAGACUACCAGGAGGUCUACAACGAGAUUGCCGCCGAGCUCGAAAAGGACGAAAACUACGACGAUGGCAGCUUUGGCCCCGUUCUCGUUCGCCUCGCCUGGCACGCCUCGGGCACCUACUCCAAGGACACCAAGACUGGUGGUAGCAACGGCGCCACCAUGCGUUUCGCGCCCGAGGCUGACCACGGCGCCAACGCCGGUCUGCUCCACGCGCGAAACUUCAUGGACGAGAUCAAGGCAAAGCACUCCUGGAUUACCUAUUCGGACCUGUGGACGCUGGGUGGCGUCUGUGCCGUGCAGGAGAUGGGCGGGCCCAAGGUGCCUUGGAGGCCGGGCCGCAAGGACGGUGAGGAGCACCACUGCACCCCAGACGGCCGGCUGCCCGACGGCGACAAGGGCCCCGACCACCUCCGCUUCAUCUUCAACCGCAUGGGUUUCAACGACCAGGAGAUUGUCGCCCUCUCGGGUGCCCACGCCCUCGGCCGCUGUCACCCAGACCGGUCCGGCUUCGAAGGCCCCUGGACGUUCAGCCCGACGAGCUUCACAAACGAGUACUACAACCUGCUCCUCACCGAGCCCUGGGUGCUCAAGAAGUGGAACGGGCCAAAGCAGUACGUCGACAAGAAGACGGGAAGCCUCAUGAUGCUCACGACCGACAUGGCCCUCGUCGAGGACUCGAGCUUCAAAAAGCACGUUGAGCGGUACGCAAAGGACGAGGACACCUUCUUCAACGAGUUCAGCAACGUCUACGCCAAGCUCCUGGAGCUCGGUGUGCCCACCGAGAACUUCAAGGCCUUCGAGGUCAGCGAGGACGGCGGCAAGCCCUACCUCUUUGCCACGUCGGCCGAGCUCGAGAACAGCAAGUAA